AUGGCUUAUAACCAGUCUGUUCCAAGUUUGGGAUCUGCAGAGCAACAAUCUCGCUAUCGCCUUGUGAUUGUUCAGGUGCUUGUAAUCAUUUUCCUUUACAUCAACUGUCUAAUGAUCACAACGUUCUUCAUGAAGGAGGUUUUCUACCGAAGCACGCGUUACAUUUUGUUCAUUAACGCGCUCAUGUCUGACUGCCUGUACCUCAUUAUCACAAACCUUUUACUCAUCUUCAUUUCCUUUAGAAUUUAUAUGCAGAUGUGGCUGUGUUUGAUUAUUGUCGUUGUAUCUUCUUUGCAUAACUUCAUCACGCCGGUCACGCUAACCGCCAUGACCUUGGAACGCUACGUAGCCAUCUGCAUGCCCUUACAGCACGGACAGAUCUGCUCAGCACAAAGAGCCCUGUAUGGCAUUUUGGUUAUUCACGGAGUUAGCUUUAUCCCAUGUCUCAUUAUGAUCCUCGCUGUUUUCACCACCGUAAACGUCAGCUUCUAUCGUGAGGAUGUUAGCUGCACCGUGGAAAAGCUGACGAUUACGGUGUGGCAGAGUCACUUAAGGUCAGGGGUCAGUCAGUUUUACUUCCUUGUCAUGUUAAUCAUUAUCAUAUUUUCUUAUAUUAAAAUCAUGGUGGUGGCGCAGGCAGCAUCGGCGGAGAAUAAGAAGGCUUCGAAGAAAGGUCUACAGACUGUGUCCCUCCAUGCGUUCCAGCUGCUUCUCUGUCUCAUCCAGUUCUGGUGUCCAUUUGUAGAAACAGCCUUAUUGCAGAUUAGUUUAGUUUUGUACAUCAACAUUCGGUAUAUGAAUUAUAUCAUGUUCAGUCUUGCACCGCGCUGCCUCAGUCCACUCAUCUAUGGACUCCGUGACAAGGAGUUUUUUGUGGCGUUGAGAUACUAUGCUUUGUGGGGUCUGUACAAGAGAAAAAUCUCUUUACAAAAUUAA